AUCAGUUGCGAAGGAAAGCGGUGCACGCUAAUCAGCGCGUGACACGUCAUCGACAUGGCCGCUUCGGGAGCUCCCGCCGGCGCCUUUCCGAGUUAGGCGUGCCGAAGUGCCCCCCUCACGUCGCCGCCCGCCCAGGCCCCGACUAUAUAUGCGAAACGCCGCCGUGUUUACGCUGGCGACCGCGUUACGCCGCAGGUCCGGUACGCGCGCGCCGGAGGGGAGGAGGAGGACCAUGCAGUGCGCGGAGCCGGCGGUGAGGAAGGGGCCCUGGACCAUGGAGGAGGACCUCGUCCUCGCCAACUACGUCGCCGCCAACGGCGAGGGCGCGUGGAACAGCCUCGCCCGCGCUGCCGGGCUGAACCGGACGGGGAAGAGCUGCCGGCUGCGGUGGCUCAACUACCUGCGCCCCGACGUGCGGCGCGGCAACAUCACGCCGGAGGAGCACCUGCUCAUCGUGGAGCUGCAGGCCAGGUGGGGCAACCGGUGGUCCAAGAUCGCCAGGCACCUCCCCGGCCGGACCGACAACGAGAUCAAGAACUUCUGGAGGACCAAGAUACAGAAGAAGCGCAGCGGCGGCGCCACCGCCAGCGACAGCACCGGGUGCCAGCUUCCGAGCUCGACGGCGGUGACCGAGUCCCAGAGCAGCAGCAGCAACUCCGUGGGCCGGCCGGGCGCCAUGCCGCACUACGACGUCGUCACGGCGGCGACGCAGCCAGGCGACUGGGGUGAUCACCAGCUUGGCUACGCCGUGCAAGGAGGUGGGGGUGCCGCGUGUGCCGGAGACAUGGACGGUGGCGUGCCGCCGGAGUUUUUGCAGGCGGCGGCGGUGGCGGGUGACAACUUCUGGGGCCUCGAGGAGUUCUGGCCCACGGUGCCGUCGCUCCACGGCGACUACUGAAUGCGACGGAUGCUCUUGCGCCUUGUGCCGCGUGUAUAGAUAGAUAUCCAUAUCGGUGUGUGAGUGAGUUGGAUUCGUUUGCUAGAACAAAGCGUGCCGGCUUCACUAAAAUUUCAACUGAAUUCUUACGGCGACUAAUUUAUAUUGUGCAUGAGUAAUUAACUUAGCCGUUUCACUGAAAU